AUGGACGUCUCGGGGCAGGAGACCGACUGGCGGAGCACCGCCUUCCGGCAGAAGCUGGUCAGUCAAAUCGAGGACGCCAUGAGGAAAGCCGGCGUGGCCCACAGUAAAUCCAGCAAGGACAUGGAGAGCCACGUGUUCCUGAAGGCCAAGACCCGGGAUGAAUACCUCUCUCUCGUGGCCAGGCUCAUUAUCCAUUUUCGAGACAUCCAUAACAAGAAAUCUCAAGCUUCCGUCAGUGAUCCCAUGAACGCCCUCCAGACCCUCACCGGCGGGCCCCCCGCGGGAGCGCCCGGCAUCGGCAUGGCUUCCCGGGGCCCGGGACAGCCCCUGGGCGGCAUGGGUGGCCUUGGCGCCAUGGGCCAGCCCAUGCCCCUCUCUGGGCAGCCACCCCCCGGAACCUCUGGCAUGGCCCCUCACGGCAUGGCGGUUGUGUCCACGGCAACCCCACAGACCCAGCUGCAGCUCCAGCAGGUGGCCCUGCAGCAGCAGCAGCAGCAGUUCCAGCAGCAGCAGCAGGUGGCGCUGCAGCAGCAGCAGCAGCAGCAGUUCCAGGCGCAGCAGAGCGCCAUGCAGCAGCAGUUCCAGGCCGUGGUGCAGCAGCAGCAGCAGCAGCUCCAGCAGCAGCAGCAGCAGCAGCAGCACCUGAUUAAAUUGCACCAUCAAAGCCAGCAGCAGAUACAGCAGCAGCAGCAGCAGUUGCAGCGGAUGGCACAGCUGCAGCUGCAGCAGCAGCAGCAGCAGCAGCAGCAGGCUUUGCAGGCCCAGCCGUCCCUCCAGCAGCCGAUGCAGCAGCCGCAGCCUCCCCCCUCGCAGGCCCUGCCCCAGCAGCUGCAGCAGCUGCAUCACCCGCAGCACCACCCGCCACCGCAGCCCCAGCAGCCACCUGGCACCCAGAACCAGCCGUCACAGCUCCCACCCCAGCCCCAGCCCCAGCCUUUGGUGUCGCAGGCCCCGGCCCUCGCUGGGCAGAUGCUGUACGCCCAGCAACAGCUAAAACUCGUCCGAGCCCCGAUGGUGGUGCAGCAGCCGCAGGGACAGCCGCAGGGACAGCCAGGGCAGCCGCAGGGCCAGCCGCCGAGCACCGUGCAGCCACCACAGGCCGCCCAGAUGGUGGCCUCUGGGGUCCAGAUGAUCACCACGGCCAUGGCCCAAGGCGGGAUGCAAGUCCGAGCCCGGUUCCCGCCCAGCACCGCUGCACCUGCCGUCCCGUCGAGCUCCGUCCCUGCGGGCACACAGCCCCCGGCUCAGGUCAGCCAGAGCGGCCUCACACUGCUGUCCUCGCCGUCGCCGGGGCAGCAGGCGCAGACCCCGCAGUCGAUGCCGCCGCCCCCGCAGCGUCCCCCGCAGCCGGGCCAGCCCAGCUCGCAGCCCGGCUCCAACGUCAGCUCCGGCCCGGCCCCCUCGCCCGGCAGCUUCCUGCCCAGCCCCUCGCCGCAGCCCUCCCAGAGCCCCGUCACGGCGCGCACCCCACAGAACUUCAGCGUCCCGUCCCCGGGGCCUCUCAACACGCCAGUGAACCCCAGCGCGGGUCCUGAGCCCGGCGGGCCCAGCCAGGCCGAGGAGCAGCAGUACCUGGACAAGCUGAAGCAGCUGUCCAAGUACAUCGAGCCGCUGCGCCGCAUGAUCAACAAGAUCGACAAGAACGAAGACAGGAAAAAGGACCUGAGCAAGAUGAAGAGCCUCCUGGACAUCCUGACGGACCCCUCCAAGCGGUGUCCCCUGAAAACCCUGCAGAAGUGUGAGAUUGCCCUGGAGAAGCUCAAGAAUGACAUGGCAGUGCCCACGCCACCCCCACCCCCAGUGCCGCCCACCAAGCAGCAGCACCUGUUCCAGCCCCUCCUGGACGCCGUCCUGGCCAACAUCCGCUCGCCUGUCUUCAACCACUCCCUGUACCGCACCUUCGUGCCGGCCAUGACCGCCAUCCACGGCCCCCCCAUCACGGCCCCGGCGGUCUGCACCCGGAAGCGCAAGCUGGACGAGGACGAGCGGCAGAGCAUCCCCAGCGUGCUGCAGGGGGAGGUGGCCAGGCUGGACCCCAAGUUCCUGGUGAACCUGGACCCCUCGCGCUGCAGCAACAACGGCACCGUGCACCUUAUCUGCAAGCUGGAUGACAAGGACCUGCCCAGCGUGCCGCCCCUGGAGCUCAGCGUGCCCGCCGACUACCCCGCCCAGAGCCCCCUGUGGAUCGACCGGCAGUGGCAGUACGACGCCAACCCCUUCCUGCGGUCGGUGCACCAGUGCAUGACCUCGCGGCUGCUGCAGCUGCCCGACAAGCACUCGGUCACGGCCCUGCUCAACACCUGGGCGCAGAGCAUCCAGCAGGCCUGCCUGUCGGCCGCGUAGCCACAGUGCACACCUCAUCGCGGACACUUCUAGUGGGUUCUCUGGAGGACCCGGGGUUAGGUUAGCUUUCCUGCUUUUAUCUUCUGCCUUGGGACCCGCGGGACGUUCUCCCGCGCUGCACAGCACUCAGACAGGCGGCUCGUGGGCCGGCCGAGCUGGGAGGGGGCACCGGCCCCUUGGAGGAGAUUCUCCACGCGCCCACCCCGCAGGGCGCCAGACACUAACGCCGCCUGCUGGGAGACCGUCACGCACACGCGGCCGUCUCUGACCCCAGUGCUGAGUCCGGGCGACUCCCCCGGGAACGGGGCCACGUUGCAGGGAGUGCUGGGGUCGGGGUGGGGGGCCUCCGCCUGGGAGGAGCGGCGUGGCCUGGGGGGCUGGGUGUGCCGCCCGCCAGUGGGAGGUGCCCUCACCGCCGUGCAGGACCAAGUGACCACGGGGCUGCCCACCACUGCCUGCUCCAGGACAACCGGGUCCGAGCCUCGGGCCACAGCACCGCCCGCUCUGCCACUGCUGCAGAGAGUGAAGCUCCCAGCAGAUGGGCAGCCCCCUCCCCAUCCCCACCUUUUGUAUGUGCACCGCACGUCACCUGUGGUUCUUAUAAUAAACACCUCAUUCCUG